CCUUAAACAUCCUGGAGGUAUACGACUCCUUUGGUAAUAGAGGAUGAAGGGCUUCUAUUUUGGGGAUAAGCUCUGCACCGGAGUCCUGGAAAAAAAGACAUCUUGAUCAUCCUUCACAAGCAAUGCAUGAUUGUGCAACUUACAACGAUGAAACUGCAAAAGGAGGCAAAUAGAAUGGAACAAUAAGAAGAACAACACUUUUUUUUUUCUUGCAUCAAUGAUACUCUCUACAUUUCAAAUAAUAUGACUGAGUGGAACCAAUACAAUAUCAAAGUCCUCUGGUAAAAAGAUUACAAGCCUAAAAAGUUUCCCAUCCUCUCCCCUCUCUCCAUCCUCUGCAUCUGAGAAUCAGGACUUCUGUGGAAGAGACCCAGAGGAGCCCCUCUCCCACCUGGCCAACAAGCUUCUCGGCGCCUUUUGGGCACAUUUAUAUAACUGUAAGACGGAUAAUCAGCAGCCUCAAACGAUGUGUCUAUAAACAGAGCAACAUUAAGGAGAUAAAAAGCAUAAAGCGCGCUCUCGGUGAAGCUCAGCAUCAGCACCAGCAAUCCGAAGCGCGUCCCCGCCCCGGUAGAGGCUGCCCGAGAUCCCGGGAAGAGGAGUUGGAGCUGUGCGAGUUAAAGUUGGGCUAAAAAAGGGGGGUGAGAGGAUGCUGCAGAGGAAUCUACGAUCCAAUUAACACAGCCUAUGUGAAGAAACGUCUUUCUAAGUGAAGGAUGACUUGCAAAAUAUUGAGCAUAUGCCUCUUAUUUUUGGGUUUUCAACAUUGCUCAUCACGAGAAUGUGUUGAUCCACUAAUCUCUGGGCUCUACGCCUCUUCAUUCCUGGCCUCUUCAAGAUAUAACUUCCUGUACUCUGCCAAUUUUGCCAAACUCUAUGGCAGCAGCGGCUGGUCCCCAUCCCCCAGAGACAGACAGCCAUGGCUGCAGGUGGAUCUGGGCAGAAAGUACCGUCUGGUGGCGAUAGCAACCCAGGGGACCUUUAAUUCUUAUGACUGGGUCUCCAAGUACACACUUCUCUAUGGAGACAGACCAGACUCCUGGACACCAUACAUCAUGAAAGGAGGAAACUCAACAAUGCCUGGUAACUGGAAUUAUUAUCAGGUGAAGAGAAAUGUCUUCCAUUAUGCCUUUACUGCUAAACACAUCCGUCUGCUGCCUCUGGAGUGGAACACAGAGAAUGGAGGAAAGAUUGGUGUGAGACUGGAGCUCUAUGGCUGCGCAUAUGAUUCCUAUGUGCUGCAAUAUAACGGAGAUGACGCAGUGGUCUACACGUAUCCAGGAAAAAGGUCACGUACUCUGCAAGACCACAUCGCCAUCAAUUUUAAAACCCUGGAGCAGGAUGGUCUGCUUUUACAUAGCGAGGGGAUUCAAGGAGACCUCUUCACCCUUGAGCUAAAGAAAGGCCGUCUCUAUCUGCACAUCAGCCUUGGAAGUAGUGUUAUACACAAAGUCGAUGGCCGAAUCACUUUGAGUGCAGGAAGUCUUCUUGAUAAUCUGCACUGGCAUUAUGUGACUAUCAAGCGCUACGGCCGACAGGUGAACUUCACAGUGGACAGUCAGACAGUGACAGCUAUCUGCAAGGGAGAAUUUACUCAUCUGGAUCUGGAUAAUCAGAUGUACGUUGGAGGAGUAAUAGAGCCGAACCUGCCUCACCUUCCUACCAUACCAAAUUUCCGUGGGUGUCUGGAAAAUGUCUUUAUCAAUGGCAUUAAUGUUAUUGACAAGGCCAAGAGAGAAGACCCUGAUAUUCGUAUUCCCCGAAAGAAAAAGAUGCAUUUUGCCUGCCGUGACAUUCUUCUGAGACCAAUGACGUUCGCCGGACCCAACAACUUCCUGCAAGUCCCGGGGUUCUUUGGAAGACCAAAGUUGUUUGUGAAGUUUAAGUUUCGCUCAUGGGACUACACUGGGCUGCUGAUGUUCACACGCUUUGCUGAUAACCUGGGUGCCCUUGAGCUGGGUUUGAGUGAGGGUCAGAUCAAUGUCACCAUUUUCCAGACUGGAAAGAAGAAAAUUCAGUUUGGUGCAGGUUACAGGCUUAAUGACGGUUACUGGCACACUGUAGACCUGGCGGCCAGAGACAACCUAUUGACCCUCACCAUUGAUGAGGAGGAGGGCUCACCACUGAAGAUCACCAACCCUUUCAGCAUUCGCACGGGGGAUCGCUACUUUUUUGGGGGUUGUCCCAAAACCAAUAACACAAUAUUAAAGUGUGAGACCAAACUGAAUCGCUUUCACGGCUGCAUGCAGCAUAUAUUUAUAGACAACGAACAGCUUGAUAUCGACAUUACUCUGCAGCGACAGUGGGCUCGAUAUGAGGAGCUGUUGAUAGGAACCUGUGGGAUCACUGACAGAUGUACUCCAAACCCAUGUGAACAUGAGGGCAGAUGCAUCCAGUCUUGGGAUGACUUCAUCUGCAUUUGUGAAAAUACAGGCUACAAAGGAGAAGUGUGUCACAUGUCGGUUUACAAAGAAUCAUGUGAGGCGUACAGACUGAGCGGCAAGUACUGGUCUGGAAAUUACACCAUUGACCCUGAUCUCAGUGGGCCGCUAAAACCAUUUGAGGUGUACUGCAAAAUGAAGUCAUAUAAAGCUUGGACUGUGAUUAUGCACGAUCGAGUGGAAGGCACCAAAGUGUCUGGAAGCUCGAUAGACAAUCCAUAUAUUGGAGAUGUGAACUACUGGAAUGCUACGUGGGAUGAAGUCAGUGCUCUCGCCAACACAUCCAUGUACUGUGAGCAGUGGAUAGACUAUUCCUGCUAUAAGUCCCGUCUCCUCAACACCCCCAAUGGAAGGCCUUUUGGAUACUGGAUCGGUCGCAAUAAUGAGACUCACUAUUACUGGGGUGGGACAUUCAGAGAAGUCCAAAAAUGUGGCUGUUCUAUCAACCAAACUUGUGUUGACCCGAAGUUUCAGUGCAACUGCGAUGCUGAUUAUAGGCAAUGGUACUCAGAUAAAGGCUACUUGGACUUCAGAGACCACCUGCCUGUAAGGAGGGUGGUGAUUGGGGACACCAACAGAACCGGUUCACAAGCACAGUUCACAGUUGGGCCACUCCGUUGUCACGGCGACAGAAAUAUCUGGAACACGAUAGCCUUCACAAAACCCACCUACAUCACCUUCCCCACGUUCAGGCCUGGAUCAACAGCUGACAUCUCCUUUCACUUUAAAACCUACCGUGCACCGGGUGUCUUCUUGGAAAACUCUGACGACCAGCUCAGAAACUUCAUAAGAAUCGAACUGAACACCACCCACAAUCUUGUGUUUGUGUUUAUGGUUGGAGAUGGCAUCCUUAAUGUUACUCUUCGCUCGCCUGUGCCGCUCAAUGACAACGAGUGGCAUUUUGUUCAGGCUGAGAUUAAUGUGAAAUUGGCUCGAAUCAAGGUCGAUUACCAGCCUUGGGCUGUCAGACGGUUUCCAGGUCAGACCUUUGUCACCAUGCAGUUCACACAUCCCAUCCUUGUAGGUGCAGCCAACCGCACCCUCAGACCUUUCUUGGGGUGCCUUCGAGGGUUACGUCUGAACGGUGUUCCUCUUGAUUUAGAAGCAAAGGUAAAUGAAGAACAGGGUAUAAGGAGGAACUGCACUGGCCAGUGUCUUAAUGCCACCAUACCAUGUCGAAACAGUGGGCAGUGCAUUGAGGGAUAUGCUUCCUACACUUGCGAUUGCAAUAACACAGCUUUCGAUGGUUUCUACUGUCACAAAGACAUUGGCGCCCACUUUGAGAUUGGGUCUUGGCUGAGGUACAACAUACGAAAGAAGCCCAUUUCAGAUGAGGCAGCCUGGGCAAAUUGGAUCGACCCACACUAUGACAAUUUUAGUCUGGGUUACAACGACACGGCUGAUGACAUAGAGUUCAGUUUCAGCACUGUUCACACUCCAGCUGUAUUACUCUACAUAAGUUCCUUCGUUCAAGACUACAUUGCUGUGAUACUCAAGAAUGACGGUAGUGUAGAUCUGAGGUACAAGCUGGGGCUCAUAACACACAAGUACCAGCUGACUCACCGGAAUCUGGCAGAUGGAUACCCGCACUAUGUGAACAUAACCAGACACAAUCGAACCAUCAAAACACAGGUGGAUUACAUGGAACCCAUUGUGGAGAAGAUAACCCUUGUGGAAGAUGCUAGGUUUGAUUCUCCAAAGUCCAUGUUCCUGGGCCGCGUAAUGGAGGUUGGUGACAUCGAGUAUGAAAUCCAAAAGCACAAUGCUCCAGGAUUCAUUGGAUGCAUUUCUGGGGUCAGAUACAACGUCUAUGCGCCACUUAAAGCUUUAUUCCGUCCAAAUGAAACAGAUCCCCCCGUAACGACACAAGGUUAUGUCUCUGAGUCUAACUGUGGGGCUUUUCCUCCUGUCCUGGGUUAUGUGCCUUGGGAAGUGGACCCAUGGUUCACAGGCAUAGAAUAUUUUUAUAUCCAUGAUGAUCUUGGCUUGAUCUGGAUAGGGGUUAUUGCCCUCCUGGCCUUGCUGCUGCUCUUUGGAGGUCUGUACGCCAUAUAUGUGUAUGCAUACCAGCAGAAGGGCAGUUACCACACCAAUGAACCUAAAAAUCUGGAGUCUCCAAGCAGCUCCAGGCCACUGACCGAGACCCUGAGGAGAGAAAAAAAGCAUCUACCGGAAAUUGAAGAGGAAUUCCGGAGUGGCUAACAUCACAGGACUCUUGGGACACUGGGUGGGGGUUAGGAUGGGUUUGGAUAAGGGGAACUAGCACUUACAGAAACCACAGAUACCUGUAGUAAGUUUUCUAAUUGUUUGGUUUUCUUUUUUAAGUUCAGUUUUGUGUUUUGUUCGACGGGUGAGCGUCAUAAAACACACCUGGUGCUCUGUUUUACACAGUCCUUGUUUUAGUGAGGUCAAAGCUGAAAUCAAGCCCCAUGUUGCAUGAGUAGCCAACAAGUCUCACGCUGUAUUACAGGGUGAAAUACUGAAGUGCCUCAUCUGAGCAAGCAUAAUCUGAACACAUUCUAGAUUCACCAGAGAGUGAAUAAGACACUGUGGGUAGAAAAGCAGGAUAUAUUCCAGCUUUUAUUGAUGAUUUCCUUUCUGAGCCAUUUAUGAGACAGAUGAAAUUCAUCAAUAGCUUUCUAUAUAGUGAUUGCUAUCUGAAUUAUACCUUUUAUAGACGUUAUCAGAUGAGCCAAUUCUGAACUUUAGAUUGUUAACAAUCCUGGAUAUUGACAGAUUAUUAAAAGUGAGCUGCAAGCAUCCGAAUCUUAGUAAGAAAAAUUGUGUUUAUGAACUUAAUCCAUCUUGUAAAAUGUAUAUCUGCUUCUACUUGUUGUAUAGCAGUCUAUAACAACAAAUUAUCUAUACAGAAUGGCACUUUUAAGUGGAUCAGAUUUGCCAUAGAAUUGCUAGAUUGCCGCUUUGUUGAGUAGCCUGCUCAGAUUCACAACACAUGGUGAUGUGGAGUGAGAAUUUGAAGAAAAAGUACCUCAGACCUUUAGAGAUGUGGACGGUGUGACACAGGUGUCAACAGGAA